AUGAAGACGCAUUGUUUUUCAACGGUGGGAAAGCAAGCCACUGCAGAUCGGCCAUGGAACAUUCUGCGGAUCUCGGUUGAACAUCCCGCUCAACAGGCCCAUACCCUCACUCCCGGGUUCUUGGAGGAUGUUAGGGUGGCCACCUCCACGCUUUUGAACUUUUACAACCGUCACAGGGAAGGUCUUCUGGCCCACCAACGGACGGUGGAAGAGGAUGCAUACAGGAAAGCUAAUAUGUGGUAUAACGCGGCCCAGUGGCUCAACCACCCUUGGAUUUUGGCAUACACGGAAAUGGCCCGAGCGGGACCAUCGGUUGAUUGGACCAAAAUGUUCUCGAUCCCACAACCCACCACCCCUACCUUCUUUAUGGAAGGUUAUGCUGGUCCCUCUCCCCCUUUACCUCCAUCUUCGACCGAUUCAUUGCUCCCAGUCACAGUCCCAACUCCCCCAUUGCCGGUACCGACAGCUUCAUCAUUGCUCCCGGCCCCAACAAAACCAACGCGUCAGGCAAAAUCAACCAAUCCUGUGCCAGCGGCUGAAACGAAGUCCAAGAGUAAGACAAAGUCUGGGCGAAGGAAACCCGAGGCCGGGUCCAGCACCCAGCCACAAUCAGAGGUGACUCCUAACGACACCGCUGCCCCAGUCCAAAGCAAAAAAAGAAAAGGGGACUCGAUCGAAGCCAGGCCAAAGAAGACCAGAGUCGUGAGCGCGGAGUUCAUCAACAGCAGCAGUGAUGAGGAAACAUUGAAGCCGAAGUCGGAGUCACUUCGACCAGUUGGUGGGGAAGCAAAGGCGGUUAAACCCAAGUCCCAGCCCCAUUUCUCCCGCAUGACACCCAGUGCCGGCUUCAGUCUCAUCCGAAGGCCCAAGUUAGACCCCGACGCCGGUCCUCCCAAGACCGCCAUGGCCGCUUUAAGGCAAGCCAAAACUGCCGAACGUCUUGCAAAUCAGAAUGCCGCGAUUGCGAAAGGCAAUUAUCAGCUUGCGGAUAUCCCCUGUGAGGCCUGCAGCAAACGCCAAGAUCGAGACAUUGUUCCAUGCGCUAUCCAUUCCCCCCCACAACAAGGAUCCUGCUUCACCUGCAGUACGGGUAAGACGACCUGCACAUAUGCAGUAAGAGGUCUUUAUCAUGCCCCACUGAUUCCUGCCGGAUUCUGGUCAUUCCUGUGGAAUCCGGCGGAAUCCAGAGGAAUCAAAUUUGGCAGAGACACCAGCCAAAAUGACAUUCCGGGGGACAAAUAUUCCUCGGGAAUGAUGUCAUUCCUGAUUAGUAGCCGGAAUGGUCCCCGGAAUGGACAAAAAGGAAUGACACCGGAAUGUAAUGACUGGAAUUUACAUUACUAA